AUGACGGAAGUGACGAGAGCCUGGCGAUGGCCGUCCCGCAGGUACCCGAACGGCUGCUGGGUAGCCGGACGGCUGCGGACGCCCGUGUGCCGUGAGACCCGACCGCACACGCUGUCAGAUCCUUUAUAUUUAAAAUACACAGAAAUGAAAAGAAAGGUAAUGAACACUGGAAAACUGAGAUUGAGUCCUAAUGAGGAAGCCUUCAUUUUGAAGGAAGAUUAUGAAAGAAGACGGAAACUAAGAUUGCUUCAGGUUCGCGAACAAGAAAGGGGCAUUGCCUUCCAGAUCAGAGAAGACAUAAAACAGAGGCGAAAUCAGCAGUUUUCACGUUUGGCUGAGGAACUAAGGGCAGAAUGGGAAGAAGCACAAAGCCAGAAAAUACAGAACUUGGAAAAACUGUAUUUGGCAAGUUUAAGACAUAUGGGAGAGGGACAUCGACAGGCUAAAGAAAAUGAACCUGACUUGGAUGCUCUGGCGCAGCGGGCAGCAGAAAGAAAAAGAAAAGCUGAACUGAGGCAUAAAGAAGCCCUUAAAGUGCAGAAAAAUCAAAAAGAAAUGUUGAUGAAACAGAAAACCAGGCAUAUAAAAGCUCGAAAGGAAGCAUUGCUUGUGGAAAAAGAGAGAUCGGCUAAAGUGGCCAGGCUGCCGCCUCCUGUCCCGGCCCCUUUUGAGAACAUUGAAGUGAACAGAAUUCCUUCCUUGAAGACCAAUAGUUCCACCUACCAUCACAUUUCAACUUUUGUGAGUAGACAGAUGGGCACAAAGCAGCCAGAUGCUCAUUUGGCUGCUGAAGAAGAAGCCAGACGACUGGAAGGAUUGCGGAGACGAGCUGCACAGCAGAGAGUGGAGCAGAUUGAAAGGGCGCACAUGCGGGGGUCGCGUGCCAUGAAGAAGGUCCACUUGGCCCAAAACCAAGAGAGACUAAUGGAAGAACUCAAACAGCUGCAAAAAGAGGACCUGGCACGUAGGAGACAGACAGUGGCGCAGAUGCCACCACAAGUAGUUGAACCGCCGUACAGACGCAGUGAGGUGGAAGAGGACUGGCAGCGAGAGCUGGAGUGUGCCUUUGAGGACAUGUAUAAUGCAGACAGGAAGGUGAAAGGAAACCUGAUUUUGCAUCUUACACCAGAGCCUUUGCCUGACAUGUCUGAUCAGCUCCAGGAUGAAGAACUGGACCUUUCAAUGGAACGAGAAAAUCGAGUACCUUUUGCAAUGAAGACCCAACAGAUCCCCUCAAGAAUUCUUUUUAAAAGAUUGUUAAAUAAGAUUCGAAACCAAAAAUCUCUGUGGACAAUUAAAUCCGUGUCUGAGGAUGACAGUGAGCUGACCACAAGCAUCAGUGAGACUGAGGGUAAAGCACCGACCGUGGAAUCCAUGGAAUCCGGAGCCGUUACCCUCGAGGAAAGAACGCUGUCCUCCGAGCAGGAGCAAGUCAUGGACAGUGAUAGGCUGACAAUUGAAUCUGGACCACUGAGUAGUGAAGACAAGCCAUUUUUCUGCCAAGCAGAUGCUGGAAAGGAACAAGCAGUUGCUGCAUUUCUACCUGUCACAACUGUGACUCAGUGUUCAGUACUACUUCAUCCUCAGGAAGAAGCAGUCAAAAUUCGAAUGUCAGCAAGGCACAAACAGAUAAUGGAAAUAGAAGAGCAGAAGCAAAAGCAGUUGGAAUUACUUGAACAAAUUGAGCAACAGAAGUUAAGGUUAGAAACCGAUUGUUUUCGGGCUCAACUGGAAGAAGAAGAAAAUAGAAAGAAAACUCAACAGCCUGAGGUUUGCUCUGCUCCAAUGUCACAUGCUGUGAUUUCUGAUGAAGAUUGUCACAGGCAGAUGAUUCGUAACUAUCAGCAUCAGCUUUUACAACAAAACAGGUUACACAAGCAUUCUGUUGAAACUGCUAGGAAACGAUUACUUGAAUACCAAACCAUAUUAAAGGAAAGAUACCCACCCAUGCCACCCACAUCACUGAUGCCUGAUUCUGCUCUAUCAGGACCCACACAGAAAUCCCAAAAGUCUGCUGCUGCAGCGGGUCACUGGGUUCCAUGCCAGAAACUGAAGCUGAGUCCUGACAAAUAUCAACCUGUGCAGUCAUCACAGAUCCCCACAUUAGAUCAAAGUGAUAUUCAGGCAGUAAGACAGGGUCACUUUCCACAGAGGCAAGGAGAAACAGGUGCAUCAGAGAUGUUAGCCAAGCAAUCUGUCGGGUCACAGGAACACCUGCUGCAAUUCUCUCAGGCAAAAGCACAUCAGAGAGACUGUAAAUUUGUUCCUAAAGAUUCUCAUGCACCUUUAAGAACUUUGUCUUACGAUAGGCCACAAACGUUACUGGAUACUGGAGAAGUUUCUAAACCUCUGAGGGUGACAACUUGCCAAACUUUAGAUUCCCAACGUGUAUCAUCAGAGGAUAGUGAAACAAUACCUUCUAAGCCAACUGAACCGUCUUCAUUUCUCCCACUGGUACCUGAACGUUCUUUUACUAGUCUCCCAGUUAAACAUGAAUCUGGAAAAGUUCAAGGACCCUUUACAACCAUAAGCAAAAGUACAGUUUCUAUAAACCAGUCUGUAAUCAGUCAAAUGCAUGAUCAGCCUUUGUCAUCCUCAGGCACAAUCAAAGCCCAGCAUAGUAAUUUAAAGUUUCCCCAAGAACAGUUAGAACUACAGAAGGAAGGUCUUCAAGCAAGACAAGAGGCUCAGGAAAAGCUUGUUUAUUGCACACAGAAAGAACUGGAAAAGCAGGCUGGUCUCCCCGUAUUCCUCCCAUCAUCAUCUGGAGAUUUAUUUACUUCACUGCCAUCUGCCUCAGCUGAAUCAGGGAAAAUUUGGGCAUCUUCAGCAGAAAGUGAGGCCACUGUUUCCUCAGGCAGUAUGGACUGGGGUUUUUCACAGCCUGUCUCAUCACAGCAAACUAAUUUGGAAUUUCUCCAAGAACAGAUCAGUGUUCAGAAGGAUAACCUUCAGGCGAGGCGGGAAGCUCAGGAAGUUUUGCUGGCACGUAAACAGAAUAAACUGGAUGAAAUUGUACAUUCUGAGCAGACCAGGCCCUCUGGGCCACAUCACAUGACUCAGAAGUCGUUUAGUUCACUAACGUUGACUGAUAGACAGCCUAGAAAAAUUCAGGAACAGCCUUUACCUAUGAACAAGAAAGGGCUUCUCCCAAGCCAGUCUGAAAUCUCAAGAUCUCAGGAUGGGUCUUCAAGUUUUAUACAGCAGAUCCCACCUGUGCACAACAGUUUAAAGUUGCUUCAAGAACGGCUAGCUACACAGAGGGAUGCAAUUCAGGCUAGAGAUGAAGUGCAAGAGGAACUACUUUUACAUAGAGAAAGAAUUUCGGGAGACACUGUGUCUGAACCAGUAAAGUCACUCUCCUCAGUGAUUACUCAGCAUUCAGAUGCUUCUCGUGCAGUUUCAGAAGUUGGGCCUAAGAGGUCCCAGGAACUCUAUUCAUCUGAGAAGGAGAAUAUAGUUCCCGCUAGCCAUUUGAUCACCCCAGCACUUCAGGAGACUCGUGGCUUUCCGCCACUCCAGGAACAGUUACACAUUCAGAGGGUUAUACUUGGUGCUAGAAAAGAAACUCAGGAAUAUGCAUACAAAGAAAAUGAAUUAGAAAAAGGACUUCGUUGUCAACAAACUGGCACCCUGUCUUCUUCAUCCCAGGGAGCUGAAUGGGAAAGAUUCCAGGAGUUUCUAUCAGUCAAAAGUGACAGUACAGAGCCCUUAAGUCUUAAGAUUCCAGGAUUUCAGGAAAGACCGGUUAGAUUUUCACAACAUACAUUUCCUAUGCAAAAUAAUUUGCAGGAACACCACGAAUGGGAAUUCAUAGAAAAAGAGAGUUUUCAGUUUAGUCGUCAAACUCGAGAAAAUUCAUCUCAACAGACAGGUCUUUCUUCCUUCAUGCCUUCUUUAGGACCAUCGUCAUGUGUGUCCUUGCCUUCUGCUGACUCUGGUACAACACAGAGUGGCAGUAAAGUCACAUCAAGCCGUCUUCAGGUACCAGAAUUGCAGGAUAGACUUUGGAAGAUAUCCCAACUUAUCCAGCCUCAACAAGACAGCUUGAAGGCCCUUCAAGAACAGUUAGCUACACAGAGGGAAGCCAUCAUCCAAUGUAGACAAGAAGCUCAUGAAGAAAUACUGAGAGAGUGGAAGGAAAGAGUGUUCCCAGAGCAGGUUGGUCCAUCUCCCCUGAUACCUCAGCAUUCACUUGCUUCAUUCCCUCUUUCUGACUCGGAAAGAACACAAGAACUUUGCUCAAGCACCAAUGAAGAUGCAGUAUCUUCCAGCUCUUCUGAGAUGCUGGCUUUGCCUGGCAGGGCAUUGGGUUUAUCACAUACUGCUUUACCUCAGCAGAGUAAUCUGACUGCAUACCCAGAACACCUCCAUGCACAAGCGAAUUCCUUUCAUUCUAUGGAGAAAGCCCAGGAAGAGUUAAUGUUUCCCAAACCAUGUAAAUUUGCAGAGAUAGAACAUUUUAUCCAUCCUCAUCACGGUGACUUGAAGGCAUAUCAACAGCAGUUAGAUGUGCAAAGGAAAGCCACUAGAUCUGACCAGGAAAUACAAAAGGAACUGCUUUUGCGGAGGUUAAAUACAUUGGAGCAAAGUGUAUCUUGUAAACAGAUUAGCUCCUCUUCGUUUUCAGAACAGAUACCACUACCCGUUGCCAACUCUGAAGGGAACCUACAGUCUUUCCCAACCAAAAGUGAUGACCCUGAAAUGCCCAGCUUCCAUGGUGAGCUACCUCAGCAGGAUAACCUGACCAUGCAGUUGGACUUGGAAAUGGUAUCUCAUAAAGACCUGCUUUUACACAAACAAAACAGCCAGGAUAAAAGUGGCUCUCCUGAGCAUGCCAUCCCUGCUUUCUCUCUCUCCAAGGAAAUAGAGCACCCAUUCAUUCCAUUACCUUUUGCAGAAGCUAAAUCUGAAAGCAUUUGUGAGGCGUAUUUACCUAAAAAGGAGCUUGUAGCUCCUUCUAGGGAGGCUGUGACCCCAAGAAUGCAGAGCAGACUUUUGAGUUACUCCCAGCCUGUCUUAACUCAGCAAGACAACGUGACUCUUCAGAAGCAGCUGCAUCUACAAAGAGAAGCUCUGCACUCUAGACAAAAAGCCCAAGAGGAGUUACUUGUGCAGAGACAGACAGCUUUGAAACAGCAAAUUGAAAAACACAAAGAGACUUUGAAAGAGUUCUUGAAUAUCAGUCAGGCAAGGAAGCCCACAGGAGAAAAUGACUUGAAAAUUCAGAAUAUAGACCAGCUCAGAGGGUGGCUUCCUCUUGUCCAAGCCCCUGCCUGGGGAGCAUCUGAUCAGGAGGGGUCUAGUGGUGAGCAGCCACGUUCAGCAGAUGUCCAUGGUGAACACAGUGGUGAGAGUCUGGGCAAAGAUCUGAGUGGUAGAGCCUCUAAGCCACCUGUCUCCAAAGUGAAAUGUGGUUUGGACUUAAACCAGCAUGAGCUUAGUACGAUACAGGAGGUGGAGUCACCAGCAAGUGGCAGGACUUCCAUGCCAGGUAAAUCAGAUUUUUGUCAAGAUCGAGACCCCUUAAGGGUCUCAGUAAGCAGAGAACAAAGUUUCCUGGGGAGUCCACUGGCAUGUGACCCAUUUGGUUGUCACCAACCACCUGCCCAGAACAGCAGAAGCCAUGACUGUGAUGAAGCCGUUAAAGUCAAGGAAUCUGAUGUUGAGAAUCAUGCAGUAUUGAGUCACGCUGUCUCAGAAGAAGCCGCAAGUACAUACCUGGGUCCAGCUGGGAAGCCAGAUGGCAAGGCUGAAACACAAGAGAUGUCUCAGGAGCAGUUAUCUUCAGUAACUGUUUCUACUGGAAGCUUCUUAAGCUAUGAAGUCACAGAUUUGAGCCUUACAGAUCCAGAGUCAUUUUCGGAACAGACGGAGCUUCAAGAACAAGACUCUACCACUAAACAAGAAGAGACCUCUCCUUUUAGUUGUGCAGUGCCUUCAACGCCAGUCAUUUAUCAGCAGCUGCACCCCUUGGAUGCUGAUGAGUCUCUAUUGCCCAAGGAGGAAGAAAAGGCAUCCGAUCACAUACAUGUUCAACAGAUCAUAGACAAGGAUUUACAUGAAGCAAACUUGAUACCUGAAAAAAGAGACUUGCAGGUUUCAGGUGUGGACCUUGACUUUCCAGAACUGGAACAUGUAUUUCCACACUUGCAUCAUCAGCUCUUUAAACCCUUGGAGCCAUAUCUAGAUUUUGACUUAUCACCAUCCUCCUCUGGGAUUUCUGAAGACAACAGAGACUUUCAUGAGCAGAGCUCUGAAUCUUCACCUAAGAAACACGAUGUUAAGGAAUCCUCCAGAAGCACAGCUUGUUCCACAGCAUUUAGGGCCAAUUCAGAGCAGCCUGACAUUAGCCUAGCUCAUGCUGCAACACAGAGUUUUGCUGCUGAAGGAUCUGAACAAUCUUUCAAGCAGCUUCUACCAGAAUUCUCUUCACAGGAAAGCCAACAUGCUGAUCUACCAAGUAUUUACAGCAUCGAAGCAAGAGUUGCCUCCCAAGGCACGGAAAACCAUGACUAUUCUGAACAGACAGAAAUACUACAAAAUACGAAAAAAAGUGUUUAUUUUCAGUCCUCAACAGAGAACCUGAGUCCAGUCUGCAGUUCUCCCAAUAGUUCCACUGUAUUUAAUCACCUGCUGCGGAGCUCUCCGGGUUCUUCUACCUCUAUGCUGGGCUUUGAGGAACAGUCAAGAAAAAUGGUUACAGUGCCACAAAGCCAAAGGCUCACUCAAGAUAAGAAUGAAACUAUUAUAAAUCCACCUGCAGAAAAUCCCGAGGGGUCUCAUUCAUUGAGUGUUGAAAGUGAAAUGUCUAUUCAGAACAGAUUUAAAACUGAAACCACAAACCCACCUCAGCUUUUGGAAGCAGAGCACAUUAUGAAUUCAUUUCCGAGCUCUAUUCCUGUCUGGGAAACAGAAUCUGGCUAUGGUAUAAUGGAAGAGCCAGAUCUCACUCUCGUAAGCGCCAGUGACAUCAGCACUGCUGAAACAGAUCUUGCUACCUUAACCCUUGAAGAGAGAGGCAGUGAAGCACAGAGCUGUGCCCAGGCAGGUGCAUCUUCAACAGAAACCUCUGUUUAUGGAGCUGUAUUAGAGUCUUGUAUGGAUCAACCCCAAGUGGCACCUUCAGUCACAAUGAAAAGAAAAAAGACAUUUGUGGAGCGAUCCUACCAGAGGCAGAGAGAAAUGCGGAAUAAAACGCAACUCACAACAGGUUUUUCCCUGACCCGCCGGAAGGGUGUUAGUAAAGUCAGAGCACCUCUUCCUGAAGAGAGAAGGACCACACAAGCCCUCAUACACCAGAGGGCACUAAGAUUAUACAGGCAGUUAGCUGAGGUAAAACAGCAAAGAGAAGAAAAAGCAAAGCAAGAAGUCUGUGCCCAAAAUAGAGCAAGGGCAAAAGAAUUUCAUAAGGUGAGCAGGGGCCAGUUUUUCCCUCUAAAAAGCAAACAAAAUUCAAACAAAACUUAAUUAAUUUUCAUUCCUUCUGCAGAAAACACUAGAGAAACUUCGAGCCAAAAAUACAUGCUGACUUCCUAUAAACUGUGUAAAGGGUUUUCUUUUAGUUUAAUGUAUAAAACUAGACAAAAUUAUUUAUUGUAAAUAAAUUUUUA